CGAGAACGCCCAAAAUGCGCAUACCUCCCACAUCGAAUCUAAUGUGAACCGUGAAACGAUAUGGUGAUGCAGUGACCGAGAUAAGGUACAGCCAGAUUGCGCUCACCCAACUUUGUGCCUGAUCAAUGCUAACGAAUCGGCAGCUGCUAUUUCGCCGGUAUUAUAAGCCAGAAGUCUUCCUUCUGUCGAAUAAUAACUUGCAUAUCGAGGCACACACCGGGAGCUGGAAAUGCAUACUCGUGCAGAAUGAGACAGUCUUAGCAAAGCCAUGUCACAAAUCUCGAAUUCUUGCACAAGCGUUAGUUGCUCUUUCAGUUCCUAUUUGUAGAUUCUUGUUUAACAUUUGUUUUCAACUAAUCAGGACUGGAAUUCUCCACGUCGCCAACGGCUUUCGGGCCUGGUAUCAUUACCUAAAACUACCGAACGUUUACGAAUCCCAUCGUCCAGUUAGUUCUGCUGCGACAUGGCUUCAGCAAAGGUGGACUUGGCAGUCGCAAUACCCACCUUCAUCGGAUCUGUCUUGUCCGCCCUUUUUACAUUUGCCGUCCUAAUUUUGCAUUUUAUCUCUCCUCCGAGACGCCGGCAUGUCCGCCAUGCGCUCAUUGUUAAUCUUCUACUAUCUGACUUUGUCGACAUGGUGAACAAUACUGUAACUGGCAUCAUAUUACUGAGGGAUGGCCCUCUUGAUCAAUCAAUUCCUGCCGGAGGAUGUACCAUGAAUGCGUGGGUGGGCCAGCUUACAGUUCAAACGACGGACUUCAAUAUCUUGUUCAUCUCGAUAACGGUCCUUCUCACUGUAAACAAGAAUCAUCUGCUGCAAGAUUCUUCACUACUACGGAUCCUUGUUGUAUGUCUCUGUGCAUGGAUACCAGGCAUUAUCACUAGCUUCACUGCCCUUGGAUUGCAUAUAUACGGCCCAGUAGGUGGGAAUUGGUGCUGGAUUCAGAAGAAGUAUCCCGUUUACCGUUGGGCAUUGUCCUUUGGGUGGCGCCUCUUGAUAUUCUUCUUGACAGUCGGCAUCUAUACAGCCAUUUACAUCAAACUGAGACGAUUAUUCGGCCGCUUCCGUUUUUCGGAAAAUUCCAUCGAAGCUAUCACCACAGGCAGGAGCCGCCGCACACAAACUCUACCAGCCAAUGAAGAUCAGAAGCCUCCCACGGAGCAGUAUAUCAUGAAGACGACGUCGUUUACCGUUUCACACGACCAGGAGGAUAAUCGAGGGUUGGCUAGCGAUUCGUCGUCAACAGCACCGAUUAACGACCGAAACGAUCAGACCGACGACCUGAACUUUGCUUCAUCACACAACGCAGCUAUUGGAGGAGAUCAUACCACAGGCUUGGGAGAACCGGACGUGUCUACGGACCCGCCAAAGCUCCCGCCGCCGCCAAACCUGCGCCGUAUGCUAUUAUUGAACGGUUAUCCGAUCGGCUAUCUCAUUCUCUGGACACCUGGGAUUGUGAAUCGAUUGAUUGAGAUACAGGGCGGCACCUCACCAAACUGGCUCAUUGGUCUCCUGGCGUCUUCACAGUAUAUCGGCUUAGUACACGCUGUCACGUACGGCUACAACGAGCAGAUCGGGCGUACUCUCCGAUCUUGGACCAAUUUCCGGCGAAAAACCCAUAGGCUUGGAGAAUAGGAGGUUCGAGAAUCACAAAUGACCCGACACGACUUUCAACCGCAUUUUGACAGCCUUCGACGACAUAGCGAGCGAUUUACUUGGCACUUGUCAGGCAUGAAUAUCCCUUACUAAGGUGAAGGACGUCUAAUUUUAUUUAAUAUCAAGUGUAAAAACAACUUUUUAGAUUC